AUAAUUCGUGCGCUAUUGUGAAUGAUCCUCUACCAAAAGAAGAAACUUCAUCGAUCAGCUGUUGUAAACAAACUAUUGCACGUGCAUUAUAUAUCGUACAAAUAGUGCUUUAUUUAAUAACGAAUCAGUAAAAUGCCAGAAGUAGAGGGAUAUAAAGUGGUGCCACUACGUCUCACCGCAGACCGUCCUUUGAAACUCUGCCACCAUAUUUACAUGCGUGAACAUUUCAUACGACUGGAGGAUGCAGACAAACCAAAAGGCCGCACACUCUUUCUACUUAACGUGCCACCUUACGUGACCGAACAGAGUUUGGGCACUUUCUUCCGCGCCAAAGUGGAUGUCAUCAACAAAGUGAGUUUUGCCGAACGUCCCGGCCGCAAUGAAAGUGAAAAAUGGCAACAGCACAACAUACCAUUUAGCGCGUCAACAACGCCCUAUAAAUUCAAAGUGGCUUAUGUUGUUUUCAAUAAAAGUCUGGGUGUAAAGCGUGCAUUGCAAUUGGACAGCAUAGAUUUGUUUAAUAGUGAUGGCAAUUGUACGAUAGAAUCGGGUAUGCAGCUAUUGCAUAGCCAAUAUGAGAAACGUAUAUUGGAUGAGGUGGAACUACAGACACGCAUCGAUAAGUAUAUGGAGGCUUAUGAUAAGCGUGAAAAGGAGGCAAUUGAGGCAGCGAAGAACUCGGAAGCAGAUGCUGACGGUUGGGUGACUGUUGGUAAGCAGGGACGUAAUGCCGGCUUUGAACAAAAAGAAUCGGUUGUUGGACGUUUGGAGGAGAAAAUAGUACGUGGCAAGAAGAAGAAGGAAUUGGAGAAUUUCUACACUUUCCAGAUACGUGAAUCUAAAAUGAAGAACAUAGUUGAGUUGCGCAAGAAAUUCGAAGAGGAUAAGCAGAAAAUCGAAGCUUUAAAGAAGACGCGUCGUUUUAGACCUUUCUAG